UGGAGGGGACCCUGGAAAAGCGGAGAGGCAGACGAGGGCUGACGGUUCUAGGAACUAUUUUGCUUGGUUUGUGCGUUUCCCGCCGGGCCAGUAAUGCUGCGGACUGGACCAGGAUACUGAAGAAAGGACGGUCCUGCUAAUGCGGAAACAUGUCGAGUUUCUCUAGGGCGUCCCAGCAAUGGGCCACCUUUGCUCGAGUCUGGUAUCUCUUAGAUGGGAAAAUGCAGCCCCCUGGCAAACUUGCUGCUAUGGCAUCAGUUAAACUUCAAGGACUGCAUAAACCUGUGUACCAUCAACUGAGUAACUGUGGCGAUCAUGUUGUCAUAAUGAAUACAAGGCACAUCGCAUUUUCUGGAAACAAAUGGGAACAAAAAGUAUACUCCUCACACACUGGUUACCCAGGUGGAUUUAAACAAGUAACAGCUGCUCAACUUCACCAGAAGGAUCCAGUGGCAAUUGUAAAACUAGCUAUUUAUGGCAUGCUACCAAAAAACCUUCACCGAAGAACUAUGAUGCAGAGGCUGCAUCUUUUCCCAGAUGAGGAUAUACCAGAAGACAUUCUUAAGAAUUUAGUGGAAGAGCUUCCUCAACCACGGAAAGUACCGAAACGUCUAGACGAGUACACACAGGAAGAAAUAGAGGCUUUCCCAAGAGUGUGGUCUCCACCUGAAGAUUUACGGCUGUAGUAGAAUGAAAGUUGCAGAAAAUAACAAUGAAGUGAUCAAAACUCCCUGCUGAUAAAUAUCUCCUAAAUCACAGUGCUGAGUAAGACGCCACUGCAUUUUGACAAGAAACUCGUUAUGGGUGCUCCAGGUUUGUGGAGAAAGGUCAGGAAGGGAUCUUCCUUCGACAGGAAAUUGCAGUAAAAUACAUUAUUUUACAGAAUCUCUUUAUCAUGUAAUCUGAUUUGAAUGUUAUAAUGAUGAUAAAAAUAAAAUCGCUUACUUGGGUAA